UUUCCUAUUUCCUAUUUCCUAUUUCCUAUUUCCUACUUCCUUGCCUUCUUCAUCCCCACCCUUCUCCGCCCUCAUCUCCUUCUUCGCCUCAUCCGCUUCUUGUUCUCUGACCGGACAGCAAGCACCGCUUUCGCUUUUCUCUCUCUUCCUCUCAACAUCUUGACUCGCACACCUGACACCUGACUGCUGCUGUGUGUCCGUGUUUUUGUACGAAUAUACCCCACUGCCUUCUCACUGCACUUCAUCGACCUCCACUGCAGCUCACUCAACCCUCGACCUCAUCAUCUCCACCAUGUACGCCGUCGAAGACAGCUCCAACCCUCUGUCCAAGUACAGAGAGCUGACGCCCAUCCAACCAGCGCGCGACCAGGCGCCGACCAAUGUCUCGGGUGUGCUGAAGCAUGGCUAUAUAUCUGUCAAGGAGGAAGGCCUCAAGGCCUUCAUCUGGUCAAAGAGAUAUAUGACCCUGCGCGAACUCACCCUGAGCUUCCACAGAAACGAGUCGACUCCUCAAGCAGUCGUCCUGAUUUUCCUCAAGGAUAUUACCGCAGUGACUCGUACCGAUCUGAAGGCCUACUGCUUCGAGCUUGUCACCAAGGACAGAAGCUACUUUCUUUCGUGCAAGAACGACGAGGAGCUGUACUCUUGGAUGCAUGAGAUCUACUCUCGCUCACCCUUGAUGGGUGUCUCGAACCCCACCAACUUUGUGCACAAGGUCCAUGUGGGCUUUGAUCCCAACACUGGCAACUUUACGGGCCUGCCAGAGACAUGGACAAAGCUACUGACAGGAUCUGCGAUCACAAAGGAGGACUAUGCCAACAAUCCUCAGGCUGUGCUCGAGGUCCUCGAGUUCUACACAGAUCAGACGAAGCGCAAUGAGCAGGAGUACGGUACUGCGUCGCUGGUUCCUAGCUCUCUGCCUCUCGUACCUAGCGACUCAGAAGGCGAUCGCUGGGCCAAUUUGAUGCCCAAGCAGCAGGCGUCUCCUCCUUCCAGCCGUCCUGAACGUCCUCAGCGUCCAGAUAGACCUGAAGAUCGCCCUUCAAUUCCCGAGCGCCUUCAGAGUGCUGACAACAUUUCUGUCACUCAGAGGAUGUCAAGCCUAGCCUUAUACGAUGAUAGGGGUAAUCAACAGCAGGGUGGUCCACGGCCACCAAACGCCCUCCGUCCAGACUAUGCCCCACCAUCGCCUACUUUUACGCCCCCACUGUCAAGCUCGCCUUCAAGCAAGUACAGCAAUCCACCUCCCAAACCUCCAGCACAUCAACAACCUUCGCCCUCAGCGUCUCCUUCCAGUCUUCGUCAGCAGACCCCAUAUGGACAGUCCCCUAAACCGCCUGUCGCUCCCCGCCCUGCCGUGGCCGAUGCAGCCGCUGCACUAAAUGGCUCUAAUCCUCCCAAGGUCGUUGUCGAGCGUCGCAUCUCGACCAUGACUGAGGCCGAGAUUAUGGAGAAGUUGAGAAGCGUUGUUUCAUCUGGCGACCCAAGCACAUUGUACAGCAAAAUCAAGAAAGUCGGUCAGGGUGCUUCUGGAUCCGUGUAUGUUGCCAAGCACCUCACGACAAACACCAAGGUGGCCAUUAAGCAGAUGGAUCUUAGUAUGCAGCCAAGGAAGGAGUUGGUGGUUAACGAGAUCUUGGUCAUGAAGGAGUCGACCAACCCCAAUAUUGUUAACUAUCUCGACUCUUUCCUGGUCAAGGGCCAGGAGCUGUGGGUCGUCAUGGAGUAUAUGGAGGGCGGGGCCUUGACAGAUGUUAUUGACAAUAACAAGCUGUCAGAGAGUCAGAUCGCAUGCAUCUGUUUUGAGACAUGCAAGGGUCUCCAGCACCUGCACAGUCAGAACAUUAUUCACAGAGAUAUCAAGUCCGAUAACGUUCUUAUGGAUCCCUAUGGACAUGUGAAGAUUACUGACUUCGGUUUCUGUGCCAAGCUUACGGAUCAGAAGAACAAGCGUGCUACUAUGGUUGGAACGCCCUACUGGAUGGCGCCUGAGGUGGUGAAGCAAAAGGAGUAUGGUGCAAAGGUCGACAUCUGGUCCCUGGGUAUCAUGGCUAUUGAGAUGAUUGAACAGGAACCCCCAUACUUGGACGAGGAGCCAUUGAAGGCACUGUACCUGAUCGCCACCAACGGAACGCCUACUCUCAAAAAGCCUGAGACAUUGAGCUCAGAACUCAAGAAUUUUUUGGCCGUCUGCCUGUGUGUCGACGUCAAAAGUCGCGCUAGCUCAAGGGAACUGUUGGAUCAUGAUUUCCUUGGCAGGGCAGGUUCGAUUCACUCUCUUCGACCCUUGUUUGACUUUAAGAGGGGAGGAUAAGCAGGAUACCUUAGCCGCAAUCUAUUAUUAUAAAACAUCUGAGAGAUGGAAUAUCGUCCGCAUCAGUAAUAUAGACAGAUUAGACGAGACGGAGAACAAUGGUCGAUCCCACUCUCUCGAUGAAGAACAGCCAGUACAGCAAAAUAAAACACAGUUUACAG